UAAGGUUCAUAACUACAAUAUGUGCUCUGUUACUAUACCCUAAGUUUUGAUGACAGACACUGAAAUAAUGUCGGUAUUAAAAAAAUACUUACCUCAUAUUAAAAUUGUAGCAGAUUAACAUUUAAUCCGCACUUGACGCAUUGAGUCAAUUUACCGCCCUAUGAUCACAGUUAUAUACCAUGAAGGCUGCAAUUGUUGGGGAAUACCACCAAUUGCUUACUAAGGACGUAUUUAAUGUCGGCCCAUCACUGCCUGAACAUAUGUCUAUAAUACAGAGCACGUUUUAGUGCGGGCCUUAUUACGAUAGUGGGUCGAAUGGUUCAUCAUGUGUCUCUGGUUAUUGACAGCGUGUUUAGGAUUAUUGCCUUCAAAUCCCUCACAAAAUGCACAAAUAGUUAUAGUGCAAGGGGUUCCAGCACCAAUCUUGCAGCCAACUGCAGCUCCAGCUACAGUACCGACUACAGUGACAGCAACAGCAGCUACCACAAUGGCGACGACGAAAAUGCCGGCGCCAUUGCCGACAAAUCCAACGAUGACUUCGGCACCACCAACACCAAUGACAACCAUGAUGACCACAGCGCAACCGACAACUGUGACCGUCGCUCCAACUACUGCUGCUCCAACUACUGCUGCUCCAACUACUGCUGCUCCAACCACCGCUGCUCCAACUACUGCUGCUCCCACAACAGCACCUACAACACGAGCUUCCACUCCUGGACAGCUGCUGAUUGAUCCCAGACUAGGCUCUACACCGGCGGCAGAGUUCCGACUACCACCCAUAGAAUACAGUCAAGCAAACCCUUCGUUUGACAGUGCUGUUAAAUUUCCCCGUGAGAAGAGAAGAAUAAAAGAGAAUCAAGUUGCGGAAUACGUGUACAGUAAUUUAAACAAUCACAGAAUUCGAAAGAGGCAAAGCAACUGCCGCUGUGUAGCUUCUGGCACCUGUAUCAGAUCGUCGGGUAAUGGCAUGAUCGAUAUCAGAAUAGUUACACCUACCAUGAUGCCCUGUCCUGCAGGCCAAGAAUAUUGUUGUGGUGCUACCACAACCGCAACGAUUGCAUGUGGGACACUGCAGACGCCACCAUUGCCUGUAGUUACGCCAGGUGCUGGGCAAGCUAGUUUCGGAGAAUAUCCUUGGCAGGCAUUAAUUUUAACGAAACAGAAUGAUUACAUUGCCGGUGGUGUCUUAAUAGAUCAACUUAAUGUUAUAACGGUUAUACAUAGGCUUUCCACUUACAUAGUCUCGGGAAACGCUCCUAAUGUCAAGGUGCGUUUAGGUGAAUGGGAUGCUGCUGGUACCUACGAACCUGUCCCUUUCCAGGAAUAUACAGUAACGAAGGUGUUUACUCACCCCUCCUUCAACCCCAAUACGCUGCAAUACGAUAUUGCAGUUUUACGUUUGUCAGCAACUGUACCUCUGACACCCAUGACGGGUUCAACGAUGACUAUUAAUAGAGCAUGUCUUCCGCCAACAUCGGCUACUACUUAUACAGGCCAAAGAUGUUGGGUAGCAGGAUGGGGAAAAGAUAUGUUUGGAAUGCAAGGGCAAUUCCAGCAGAUCCUGAAAGAAGUAGAUGUACCGAUAGUUGCUCCUGCCACUUGUCAGACGCAGUUACAGAGUGCGCGUCUCGGGCCGACGUACGUUCUAGACACUACCUCUUUUGUAUGUGCUGGAGGCGAAGCUAAUAAGGAUUCUUGUACUGGUGAUGGAGGAUCAGGUCUGGUAUGUCAAGUGCAAGGACAGUGGGUCGUGGUGGGUCUGGUUGCCUGGGGACUUGGCUGCGCCAACGCAAACGUUCCCGCUGCCUAUGUGAAUGUAGCAGCUUUAUUGCCUUGGAUACAGCAACAAGUCGCUACGGCAUGAUAUUUUUUUUAUGUUUAAGUCA